GUCGUUUCCGGCGCCUCGUCGGCUGCCGCGAGGACUCGUGCAGUUGGCUAGGUUCGUGCUCGUUGCACAAUUCGCCAGAGGAUGGCCAAGCAUCAGAUUUUUUUCGGAAUGCGUUAAGGAUCAGUUUUGCGCGAAUUACGGUUACGAAAGGUUGCUGACGACAAAGGGCCGGCGUCCAAAACAAACAUUUUCCCAGUGCCAGUGCUCUCUACCAGAGCCCGUUCUCUUCACUGUGUGUCCAAGUGUUUUUUUUUGUCGUGACAUUGAAGCGAUUUUUUUUUUUCUGACUUGCCCUGAAGAAUAUUCUGAAAACACACCCACAUAUCGCCUUGGGAACUGACCUACGACAAGGCACUUUAAGAACGUAACUGACCUAAGUCACAAGGAAAAAGAAGCGAGCCCGACAACACUCGAAAUACAAGAAACUUUUGCACAUUUACGAGCCCGUUUACGAGUAGAGUGAAUAGUUUUUAGAGAGAUUAAUAUAGGAAUAGAAGUAGGACUAGGACUAGGCAUAGGCAUAGGAGUAGAGACUCUUACUUUGAAUUAUCAUAUCAGUUGCAAUCGCACAGAGAUCGAACAUCGAGAGAAGCCAGAAGCCAGAAGCAAAGGCAAAGGCAAAGUAAAUCCCAAUCGAUUCGAUCAUUUCUGAACAUCGCUCGCUUAAACGUUGAAUGGUUGUGAACUGUAGUAAGCAAAUAGUGAAUUAGCAGCAUAUAAUCUUCGUAUACCUAUCUAUCCCAUAGAGCAUAGAGCAUAGAGAGUAGAGCAUAGAGCAUAGAGCAUAGUAAGCUAAGACCUAGCCCAGUCCAUAGAUCAGAUUCCUUGAGGAAUUGUGUUGCCCAGGGAAGAUAUAGUAGUACUGUAGUUUUCAAUUGUCGGUGUCCAACGAAAAUAGUGCCCACACGAACUGUAACUUUGUGUGAGUUUAUUUUACUGUUUGAAAAAUGUGAAAGAAAUACGAUCGAACAUCGAAACAUCGCAGAGCUCUCUUGAGUCCAUAAAUGGUCUCCCUGCCGGUGGUCGUUGCGCUGCUUCACUGAAGCGCUGGGCUCUCAUCCCCCACAUCCUACAUAUAUGCGUCACUAAUUUGCAAUGAUGAGUUAUCAGAAGGGCCUCAAGGAUCCAAACGUGGACAGGCAUACCACCAAAGCCAAAUCACGGCAUUUUACGGUGAACGGUCUGAGUGCCAAUAACACGCUUCAGCAACAGCAACAAUACAACCUGCAAUCAUCGAACGACACUCGCAACAUCUACAACAAUCCCUAUAUACCACCCCAACAGCAACAACAACAGCAGCAACAACAACAGCAACAACAGCAGACCCAACAGCAACGCACUGCUCACCUGUUCAAGGCCCUGGCCGCCUCCACUGCCGGCGGAAGUAAUAGUCUAAGCCAUCCCUACGACUUCUCCAACUCAUCCUCGUCGUCGAACGCCAAUAAUGAGCACCAAGGAUCAUCGUCUUCGGAGGCAGAGAACGCUUUUCUAACUCAUAAUAACGCUCACAAAAAGGUGCUCAUAGCUCACAGUCCCCGAGUCUCCGAGUCUCAGUCUCUGGCUCAGACUGGCAGCCAAACUUGGCUUGGCACCCACUGGGAGGGCAGCGGCGACGGCAGCGGCGGCAGCAGUAAGUGA